GGUAUACCCAAAUACCCGUUUCCCGUUGCCCACCCCUAGUCCCCUACUCCAAAUCGCCAAAUCCAAGUCCAAAUCCCUAAUCACUUGAGGAGACUCCAAAUCGCCGUCUCCCUCGCGCCUUCCAGCUCCUCCAUCGCCAUUGAGGCCAACGCGCCGCCUCCGUUGCUCCACCGCUGCAUCCUUCUAGCUCCGACCGACGUUCGCCGUUAGCUCGGCCGCUACCUCCACCGCUGCAUCCUUCCAGCUCCGACUUAUGUUCGCCGUGCCUCCACUUCUGUUUCCUUUGCCAUCUCAGAGUAUUACAUGAAUUCCCACUUGAAAAGUCGUUUGUAUAUCAGUCCGAGCUCGCCGCCGUUCCACUUUCUUCGGGCCAUUGUCCAGAGCUUUCAUCUCUGCCACCGCUAUUACGCUGCUAAACCUCACUAUGAUAAUGACCGGAGAUUUAGGAGAAAAGAGGCAUCCGAAGGAGAAUUACUACAUCUACACAAGAGCAAAGGCCAGCACUUGCUCACAAACCCACGAAUUCUCGAUACGAUUGUUCGCAAAUCUGCCAUCAAACCGACGGACACCGUCUUAGAGAUCGGACCCGGGACGGGAAAUCUCACACUCAGGCUUCUCCCGGUUGCUAGAAAGGUUGUCGCGGUUGAACUAGACAGAAGAAUGGUGGAGGUUUUGCACAAACGCGUAGCCGAGAGCGGGUUCCAGGACAGUCUCUCUGUUAUUUGCCAGGACGCGUUGAAAGUGGACUUCCCGCCAUUCGAUCUCGUAGUGGCUAAUAUUCCCUAUGGCAUAUCUUCACCUCUGAUCAUCAAGCUGGUCUAUGGAGAGAACCCAUUUCAGAGUGCCACACUUCUGCUUCAGAAAGAGUUCGCCAGGCGGCUGCUGGCAAACCCUGGUGAUUCCGAGUUCAACAGGCUUGCUGUUAACGUGAAAUUGGUGGCAGAUGUCGAGUUCGUGAUGGAUGUAAGCAAGAGGGACUUUCACCCUUGCCCCAAAGUCGAUUCCUCUGUGGUAAUAAUUCGUCCUAAACCCGAGGUCCCACAAGUGAACCUUGCCGAGUGGUGUUCUUUCACAAAGACAUGUUUUGGCAAGAAGAAUAAGACUCUCGGGGCGACUUUUAAGCAGAAGAAGAAGGUACUGGAGCUGCUGGAGCUAUCUACUCGGACAGUUUCCGUUUCGAGAAACGAUGAGGAUGAUGAAAACGAUGAGGAGUCUGACUGUGAUGAAGAGAUGGAAUCUUCCGGCUGUGGUUCAGGAAGGACAUUGGGUCUGUUCAAGGAGAAAAUUAUCGGAGUGCUGAGAAGUGGUGGUUUUGAAGAUAAGAGACCUGCAAAGAUGAAGAAUGAAGAGUUGCUAGAGUUGCUUUCGUUGCUCAAUCAAUCUGGUGUAUUUUUCCAUAACCAUGCAAAUGAUGAGAGUUCAAACAAUGUAGCCCUGGCUGCCGCUGCUUUCGAUUGAGGACCCUGCAGAGGAAAAGAUUUAUCCCUCUCCGCCCGUUGUUCCCCUAUGUCUCCCCUGCAGUUCAGAAUUGUUCUUCAUCCAAUUGCUACGAGAUUCAAGUAAUGGCGAGGGUUGGACACGAGCAGCAGCUCAUACCAAGAAGUGCGAGGUCUUCUGAUUUGAUUUCCGCAUUGUUCCUCGUGAACUGACACGAGAGUCAAAUAUGUUGGGAGAAGGUUAUGCUGGAUCUUAUCAAAGUAAUGACGAUGGUUGGACACGAGUAGCAGCUCAUACCAAAAAUUGCCUUCCUCUGAAUCGAUUCCUCAUCAAUCACAGCAUCCCCAACUUGCAAUGGCAGCAUACAAAAUGGAAAUCCAGCUGCUUCUAAUGGGUCCCCAUCAACUGUUCUGCAACCGAGUAGCUGGAUCAAGAACUCCUCUUAAACUCAUGGAUUAGAGGAGUAAUUUUUUAGAGAUUAUGGUAGGAAGGUCUAGCUUUCAGAAAGUUCUUGAUCCAGCUACUCAGCGACAUGCAAUCGCUACUUACAGGAUAGUUCUUGGUAAUGUAGAGGACAACACAUUCCAGUUCUUCCUCAUCAGGAAACAAUAUCUGUUGGGUAUUUCGAUUAAUAGUUAAUGGCAAUAUGUUUAUUGUCUCUCAUAUGAUUGAUACAGGUAUUCUUACUGCAGCU